GAGGAGGAGGAGGAGGUGGUGUUGGAGGAGUCGAGCAGCUGCUGCUCGACUCGGAGGAGGAGGAGCCCACGGCGAUGUCGAGGCAGCCUCGCGGUGAACGGGACCACGUGAGCCGCUGCGACCAGCGAGAACCUCGCGACCUACGCGACUUCCGCGACCUCAGGGACCUCAGGGACGUAAGGGAUGUAAGAGACGUUAGAGAGACUUACGCUACCGGCGUUAGGCAUCAUCGUGACGAUUACGAGAACGAUCAUCAUCCUACUGAUCGAAGCAUCGCUGCCUCUACUUCGGCUUUACCCAAUAAACCGGGCUCGGCGGACUCGAACUACUCACAGCCGAGCUCGGAUCUCUCGCUGGACGAGGAGAAGGAGAACUUACGACGUGAGAAAGAGAGGCAGGCCCUUAAUCAACUUGAAAAAGCCAGGACAAAACCGGUAGCGUUCGCAGUGCGGACAAACGUGAGCUAUGACGGAUCUGCCGACGAUGAUUCGCCUGUCCAUGGCUCGGCUGUUAGCUUCGAGGUCCGAGAAUUUUUGCACAUCAAGGAAAAGUAUGACAACAACUGGUGGAUCGGGAGGCUCGUGAAAGAAAAUUGUGACGUCGGUUUUAUACCAUCCCCAGUGAAAUUAGAGGCACUGAGAUUGCAGGCUAGCGCAGCACGUGGUACAAAAGGUCUCUAUUCAGCACGAGGAGGGUCUUCAGGGAACCUUGGCGAGAGUGGUAUGCCUUCACGUGGUUCCACGCCACCUACACCAGGUGACGAUAACGAUAGCGUUGGAAACGUGAGACCGGGAAAGGCAACCUUGACAACACCUCCGGCCAAAGAAAAACGAAAGAACUUCUUCAAGAAGCCGGAACCAACAACACCUUACGACGUUGUACCUUCUAUGAGGCCUGUUGUCCUCGUUGGACCAUCUCUCAAGGGCUAUCAGGUGACGGACAUGAUGCAGAAAGCACUUUUCGACUUUUUGAAGCAUCGAUUCGAAGGAAGGAUUAUUAUAACAAGGGUGAUGGCUGAUAUCUCAUUAGCAAAAAGAUCAUUACUAAACAAUCCCACCAAAAGAGCGAUCAUGGAAAGAUCGACAAGUAGAAGUAGUUGUUUGGCAGAGGUUCAAACGGAGAUCGAGAGGAUCUUCGAGCUAGCGAGGACGCUUCAGUUGGUAGUCUUGGAUUGUGACACGAUCAAUCAUCCAUCGCAAUUGGCGAAAACCAGUUUGGCACCUACAAUCGUAUAUUUGAAGAUCUCGUCGCCCAAGGUCCUGCAAAGGUUGAUCAAAACCCGUGGAAAAUCUCAGAUCAAGCAUUUAAAUGUUCAAAUGGUGGCGGCAGAAAAAUUGGCGCAAUGUCCGCCGGAAAUGUUCGACGUGAUCCUCGAUGAAAAUCAAUUGGAGGAUGCCUGCGAGCAUGUAGCCGAAUAUCUCGAAGCUUAUUGGAGAGCUACCCAUCCUCCGGUAAUUGCAGCGGUGCCACGUGCAAUGCCUGCACCUGAUGCACCAGUCGACGCUUUAACUCCUCGCGUAACACCAGGUGCCCAUCACGAGAGUUACUACGGCCACGAGCCAAGAGGUUCGUACAGUGGCAGCGGGCACAUGAGCAGCGGCACAAGAAGAUCACGUUUGGAAAGGAUGGAUCGUGAUCGUCUGGAUCGUGGCGAACAUGAUUAUGGUACAGAAGAGGAAUCAUACGUGGCCGAUUAUGGGAGUGUGUCGAGACGUCGCCAACAGCAAGACUCGCGCGCUCUUAACGCCAUUUAGGAGCUGGGGCCCCGGGGCCUGUCGCUACAGCGCUGUCCCUACCUGCGCACCACCGCCCUUUAGUGUGUGGGGUCGCAAACAACCCCUUGCGCUAAAAAAAAAAAACAAACAAACAAAGAAGAAAAAUAAUGCAACAACAACUCUUUACGAGCUAACCGAACGUCCGAAGCACGCGGAGAGCGAGCCGAAUCUCUCUCUCUCUCUCUCUAUCUUUUUCUCACUCUUUCUCUCUCUCUCUCUUUCUCUCUCUCUCUCUCUCUUUCUCUCUCACUACCUAUCUAUUUAUCUCUGUCAUUGGGGGCUGUCAACGAUUCUCCUUUUUCAUCCAAGAUCAGGAAACUACCCUUAAUGCAUAAAGGCAGAAGAAUUUAACACAUACAUACAUACAUACAUACAUACAUACAUACAUACAUACAUACAUACAUACAUACAUACACGCAUACGUGAAUUACAUACAUAUAUGUCUAUAUGUAUGAUUGAUAAAUAAUUUUAUUACAAUAAAAUGAAAUUUAUUGAAUUAAUUCAAUAUCUGAGAGUUCUCUUUAAAAAUGUCAUAAUAAUUGAAUUGAUUCAUAUAUAUAUAUAUAUAUAUAUAUAUAUAUAUAUAUAUAUAUAUAUAUGUGUAACAUUUUAUUGUAACUAUAUAGAUAUAUAAUGAUGCACCUCGCCGAUUCUUCAACCGAGCCGAUAUAUAAAUAGAUACAAUACAUACGUGUAAAGUAAGAAUUGAAAUGUUGAAAUGAAGAUAAACAUCAUAUAUACAUAUAUAUAUGUAUAUAUAUAUAUAUAUCUUCUUAAACGGAUGAUCAUUCCACGGCUCAUUUACAACCUCUCCUCUCAUCCAAUAAAAAUAAUCGCUCUAUACAUUGUAUAUCGAUAUCAUCGUCGAAAUACUCGUGUAUUUGUAUUUCAUCCGAAGUCAUCCGAUCGAGAUCGAAUCGAGAUAUUUCUUUCUAAUCUUCGUUUCUAUUAUUAGAACAAUUCUACGAAGGAUAAAUUAUAUGUAUUUAGAUUUGAGAAAUUUCUCGAAUUAUCUCCGAUAAUUAUUUCUAUAUCGAGAUUUGACUGCACAUAUUUUAUUUCUCUAAAAUAUACAUAUAAUCAUAUUCGCACAUCCCACAAAAAAGAUAGCCCUCUUUAUUUAUUUAUUUAUUUAUUUAUUUAUUUUUAGUUUUACUUUUUUCUUUUUCUUUUUCUUU